CGCGGUUACGUAAUCCAGGCGCGCGAACGAGGAGGUCGCGAAGUCAGCAUAAUUUUUGUUUGGAGUCACCUCCCCCGCCAUCCACCCAUGCCCCACCAUCCAGUGCUUUGCCUAAACAUUCUGCGUCGUGCCGGCACGCUCGUACCUUUUUCACUUCCUCGCCAUUCCACAUCUUUGCUCCCUUUCCGUGCACCUGCCACUACCCCACGCCAUCCUUUUACGCUUGUCGCCCAAUCUCACCAGAGUCGACUACACACUACUGCGGUUCGACGUGCCGCACACGAUACACCACCCAACGCCGUCAUGGGCAAGGAAGGCAAGGGCAAGGAAGGCAAAGGCAACUUCCAGCUCAAGACGCCCAAGGGCACGAGGGACUGGUCGGGAACCGAUGUCGUUCUACGUGAGCGCAUCUUCACUGCUAUUACCACUGUUUUCAAGCGCCACGGCGGCGUAACGAUAGAUACUCCUGUAUUCGAGUUGAAAGAAACCCUCACAGGCAAAUACGGCGAGGAUAGCAAACUCAUUUAUGAUCUCGCAGAUCAAGGUGGUGAAAUAUGUUCGUUGCGCUACGACUUGACUGUUCCCUUCGCACGCUUCUGCGCCCAGAAUGCCGUCCAGAAUAUUAAGCGUUACCACAUCGCCAAAGUUUAUCGAAGAGAUCAGCCGGCAAUGACCAAGGGGCGUAUGCGAGAAUUCUACCAGUGCGAUUUUGAUAUCGCGGGCCAGUAUGACUCCAUGCUCCCCGAUGCUGAGAUCCUUAGAAUUGUCAAGGAGGUUUUCGAGGAGCUACCCGAGUGGAAGGGAAAGUUCACAAUCAAAAUCAACCACAGGAAAAUUCUUGAUGGAAUUUUCCAGAUUUGCGGCGUUCCAGAGGACAAGAUACGGUCGAUAAGCAGUGCUGUGGACAAACUAGACAAGUCUCCUUGGGAAGAGGUACGACGAGAAAUGGUCGAGGACAAAGGCUUAGAGCCCGAUGUCGCCGACAAGAUCUGGACUUUUGCGCAACUCAAAGGCGGCCGCGAAGUCGUUACAAAGCUGCAAGGCAUUCCUGAAGUUCAGGCCAAUGAGUCUGCAAGCAAAGGCUUGGAGGAAAUGGCCACCCUUUGCGACUAUCUGGAAAUAUUCGACGUUCUCCCUUGUCUUUCGAUCGACAUGUCACUAGCCCGUGGCUUGGACUAUUACACGGGGGUAAUCUACGAAGUGGUAACAGAAGGUUCGGCACCUUCAGCGUCGUCAAAAGACGUUGCCAAGAAGGAGAAGAAACAGAAGAAGAGCGCAGAUCCAGAUGAGGACCGGUCGAGCGAUCCUACAAUAGGCGUGGGUUCCGUUGCAGCAGGGGGACGCUAUGACGAGCUUGUGGGGAUGUUCAGCGGUAAACCCAUUCCUUGUGUCGGCAUCUCUUUUGGAGUCGAUCGCAUCUUCUCCAUCACGAAAUCGCGCCUGGCCUCGGAUCAAAUCAUCCGACCCAACGAGGUCGACGUGUUUGUCAUGGCAUUCGGCGGCAAGGAUUACACGGGUCUAUUGCCUGAGCGCAUGGAAAUUGCAAAGGCCCUCUGGGAUGCGGGCAUUAAAGCAGAGUACAUGUGGAAAGUGAAGCCCAAGCUGCAGAACCAGUUCAAGGCAGCGGAGAACUCCAAGGUUCCCUGGUGCGUGAUUCUAGGCGAAGAUGAACUCAAAGAUGGCAAGGUCAAAAUCAAAGAAAUGGGGUUGCCGGACGGUCACGCGGAUAAGGCUGGCAUUCUGGUGGAGAAGGCGAACCUUGUUGCGGAAUUGCAGAGCAGGUUUUCUGGUCCAAUGAGCCUACCCGACCGGACUGCGGCAUAA